AUGGGUCACUCCUACGGAAAGAGAGCGGGCACCCGCUAUGCCUUCAGCCGGGACUUCCGCAAGAAGGGUAUGAUUGCCCUGAACACCUAUCUCCGACAGUACCGCGUUGGUGAUAUCGUCGACAUCAAGGCGAACGGUGCCGUCCAGAAGGGUAUGCCCUUCAAGGUGUACCACGGCAAGACUGGUGUCAUCUACAACGUCACCAAGUCUGCUGUCGGUGUCAUCAUCUACAAGCAGGUGAAGCACCGAUACAUCGAGAAGCGAAUCAACGUCCGAAUCGAGCACAUCCAGCAGUCCCGAUCUCGUGAGGACUUCCUCAAGCGAGUCAAGGCCAACGCCGAGGCCAAGAAGGAGGCCAAGGCCAACGGCACCGUCGUCCAGGUCAAGCGUCAGCCCGUUGGACCCCGUGAGGCUCACACACUGUCGCUCGCCGACAACCCUCCUCAGACCGUCACUCCUCUUCCCUACGAGACUACGAUCUAA